GCCCCGGGGCGGGGCGUCCGGCGGCGGCGGGGCAGCGCGGCGCGGCGGCGGCGGCGGCGACAUGGACAGCGGGGCCUACGGCGCGGCCAAGGCGGGCGGCGCCUUCGACCUGCGGCGCUUCGUGGCGCAGCCGCAGGUGGUGGCGCGCGCCGUGUGCCUGCUCUUCGCCCUGAUCGAGUUCAGCUGCAUCUUUGGGGAGGGCUACAGCAACACGCACGACGUGGGCCAGGAGUACUGCGUGUUCAAUCGCAACGAGGACGCGUGCCGCUACGGCAGCGCUGUGGGCGUGCUGGCCUUCCUGGCCUGCGCCGGCUUCCUGGUGGUGGACGCCUACUUCCCGCAGAUCAGCAACGUCACCGACCGCAAGUACCUGGUGGUCGGUGACCUGCUCUUCUCAGCUCUCUGGACCUUCCUGUGGUUCGUGGGCUUCUGCUUCCUCACCAACCAGUGGGCGGCCACCAACCCCAAGGACGUGCGGGUGGGCGCGGACUCGGCCCGGGCCGCCAUCACCUUCAGCUUCUUCUCCAUCUUCUCCUGGGGCGUGCUGGCCUCGCUGGCCUACCAGCGCUACAAGGCGGGCGUGGACGACUUCAUGGAGAACUACGUGGACCCCAGCCCCGCGCCCGGCACGGCCUACGCGUCCUACCCCGGCGCCUCCGUGGACAACUACCAGCAGCCGCCCUUCACCCAGACCGCCGACGCCACCGAGGGCUACCAGCCGCCCCCCGUGUACUGAGCGCGCCCCCUCUCCUCCAGGGCAUUAGGAAAGGGUCUUCGCCCCAGUGUUCGGCCACUGCCCCCACCCCCGCCCCACCCCGCCAGUGCCUUAGCUGCAGCCCCGGGCCUCGCUCCGGCCUGGGGUGCUCCGCCAAAGAUGGGCCGUGCCGGCCUGGGGCUCGGCUCCUCCUCACUCAGGGUCCCCCGUUCCUGCCGGCUCCCCCGCUCGGUGUGGGGGUGCCACUGCCUGUUGCCUUCAGACUGCCUUCCCCGCAUGGCCAGUGCUUCCCCGGGCAGCGCCCACGCGUGCCUCAGGCCGGGGUGCAGGGGGCCACCUGCUUCACCGUGUGGAUGCUCUGCGGGCCAGUGGGCAGGCGCGGACCCUCAGCCCCCCGCCGCUGCUCUGAAUGUAUGAAACGCCUUGGGGCUUGCGGGCACCAAUUCUGACUGGGAGAUGGAAUAAAUGUGUUUUUCUCA